GUCUGCAUGGACUGCGCUUCAGGUGAGACUACACACCCCCAUAACGGAAAGGCGGAGUGGUACGGUCCAGACGCAGCCUUGUCCCUAUGGAGUUGUUGCUGAGGAGCUUUCAGAGUUUCGGGGAACGAGAGAAGCGAGAGCACGGGCGGCGAUAUGGCGCUGACAAUGACUGCCCAUUAUCUCAGGAAUAACCCGAUCCACCCGGGACUGAAUGUUAGAGUCCUGCUCAUGCUGUCACUUGUGUCAGGGCUGGUGUAUGGCAGUCAGGUGGUUGUCCCGCCUAAGGUGAACGCCGUGUUGGGAAAGAACGUCACCCUCAGCUGCAGGGUGCAGGUGGACACGAACCUCAGCCUGACGCAGAGCUCAUGGGAGAGGAAGCUGCCCACUGGAUGGGUGACUCUGGCAGUGUAUAACCCCAUGUUUGGCAUCUCCAUCCCGCCUGAAUAUGAGCGACGGCUGUCCUUCCGCUCGCCCUCCAUGCACGACGCCACCAUCAUGCUAGAAGACGUGGGUUUCGCUGACAUCGGCAUAUACACCUGCAAGGUUGCCACCUUUCCGCUGGGUAACACUCAGGCCUCCACCACUGUCAGCGUGAUAGUGGAGCCGAAGGUGUACGUCUCUGCUGGAUCUUCUGCUCUGAUCGACGGUGGCAAUGAAACCACAGUGGCCACCUGUAUUGCUGAGAGGGCUCGGCCCCCUGCCGAUGUGUCCUGGGAGACGAAUCUGUACGGCACGUCUGAGGCCCACAUGCAGGACGAUGCCAACGGCACCACUACGACCCAGGUGCACUACACCUGGCAGCCCUCCCGUCACGCCCAGGGCCACACGCUAACAUGUGUGGUCAAACACCCUGCUCUACAGAGCGACUUUAGGAUACCCUAUAUCAUCAACGUACAGUUUGCUCCAGACAUCCUGGUGCUGGGCUAUGACGGCGACUGGUAUGUGGGCAGGGAGAAUGUGCAACUGAAGUGUCGAGCCAAGGCCAACCCGCCUGCCCAGCACUUCAGAUGGAUCAGACCCUUGCAGAAGAACGACUCUGGGGUUUACAGGUGUGAGGUGGCAAACGAGAUUGGACUGCACAGUCGAGACAUUAGAAUACGUGUUCAGGAUCCUCCCUCAACCACCACCAUGCCCCCCACCACCCCUGUGCGCCUCCUAACUGCUGACAUCUCUGCCACCGCACCUGGCAAUAAGCAGCGAGCCCUCAUCACGUCUCCAACCCUGGCGCCUCUGCCGGAGGGGAGCCUAGGCACGAUUGUGGGUGGGGCAGUAGGCGGAGCCCUCUUCCUGCUGUUGCUGCUUAUUCUGGGUGGAAUUUAUUACCAGCGCCAACGGCGGACGUUCCGUGGUGACUACUACACAAAGCAGUAUCACGGUCCCUCGGAUAUGCAAAAGGCUCCCCAGCCCCAUGAGCUUCAGCAAGUCUACAGCAAAGGAAGCCCUGACACCAAGCUCAAAUCCAACCAGGAUAAUGGCACCAUCUACCCGGAUAAGGAUCGAGAAGAGUGGGGUGAUUUCGACCGCGAGCGAUCGCCCAACGGUCGCAGCAGAGCUCUGAGGGAAGCAGCUGGUCAAAUGAAUCACCAUAAUCAUCACAACCUUGAGCACGGCUAUCACAGCAACCAUCACCCUGUCCAUCCGCAAAGCUUCAGUCCAGCCCAUCAUAUCCAGAGGAGCUCGCUGCAGCCGGAGCCUCGCAGGUUUGCUGCUCCGCAAGUCAUGAGCAACGGCUCCCCCUACCUGCCGGAGGACUGUUACGACAACGACUACGUGUCGCACACGGAUGGCUCAAUGAUCUCCCGGAGGGAGUGGUAUGUCUGAGACGAACAAGCAGGAAGAGACUGUGUAGACACUUACGAAAUGCUUCAGACUGCAAAAUAAGGACGAUCAGAGUUAUGUAAAAAUAAAAAAAUUAGUAGGAAAUGCACCUUUUCUAGUAGUUUACACCUACCGGUUUGUUUUUGUACAUUAGCCUAUUCAUUAGUUAGCUGGCUUAAUAGAUGUUUGGGACCAAGUGAGGGUAUAAUUCUCGUCUUCGUUUCUUAGAUUGGUGAGGCAACAAGACGUCUGCUUUGUUUCACCAAUAAACCAGUUCAGGGGUGAUUUAAGUUGCCAAAUCAAUAGCCAGUCUCCUUUCCCUUGCACAGUAAGGUGAACUGUGUGAUUUAUUUCAAAGAGAGCAGUUUGAACAAAUGCAAUUUGUAUUGAGAUAACCUGUCGAUAAGUGUUUCAGAUCAGCCUGCCAUGAGCGACGAGUUUCGAUGAGUCACGUCAACUUUCAAUGCUGUCACUCUGAUGGAGGCAGAAAUUAGCUCCUGUCAACAGCCUGGUGGUUUCCAUGGCAACAUUUAUUUCUUCUCUACUGGCAUUCAGAGUUGCUCUAGGGAGGAGCUAGACAGGGAGGACCGUGCUGGAUUUGAUAAAGCCCAAUGGGCGAAAGGCAGACAGGAUGAUUGCCGAAAUGGGGUGGCUGUAAUUGUAUCAAUUCAGCUUCCAUUUGCAUACCCCUGUGUCACUGUAUUAGCUCUGGAUUUCUUUUGUUUGUGCCAUCAAAAAUGGAGUCUGUCUGCAGGAGACGGUUGGACAAUGUACAUUUAAAAACUACUGCCAUUGUUCAACAUGAAAGCUUGUCCCGUAUUAAUGUAGCUGUCUGGCUUGUCUUCGUCAGACCAUCACUGCCCAGUGUUAACAACCUCCGACUGAAUUCAGCGACUGUGCAUUACGUCACGAAUCGAGUCCUGUGCCUGUCUCUUGUGUUUCUGUGUGUGUGUGUGUGUGUGUGUGUGUGUGUCUGUAAUAUGUAAAUCCAAUCAGCUGGUGUUAACCAACGGUGUUUUGAUGAAUCGGCUCAUUGCCCGUGCAAUAGUGUUCAGAUUUCUAGUCACAUCCACGCACAUAAUUUAACGCAGAAGACGAUAGCCUAACACACACGUUAUUGGUCAUUAAACUUGUGUUGGCUGGAUCUUAAUAAGCUAGCAGAUGCAUAUGGUUGGUUUUUGAGAUAUUGGAGAUGAUAUUGUAGUGCCUUAAACUGAAGACGUGCCCUGUAAGCAUUAUAAUGUGCAUGCAAAAGUUACGAACGAGUGAGUAUCAUUUUCAGAAGAAGUAUGCGAGUAGUUUUGAGGCAUGAAGUGGUCAGGUUGGGUCCUGAGAACAUCAUUUUGUACUGUGCUUUGUUCACCACCUUGUUUUGUGUGCCAUUUGCUUCUUUUAGACAAUAACUAAUUGUUUUGCUCGCAUUAAAUGACGUGUGACACUUGAGUCACGGUGCACAUCAAAGAGUUAUAAACUUAAAAUGUCUAUGUGUACAGGUUUGGACAAUGCAGAGGUGAAGAAUUAGAUGAAAACAAAGUUAUGUAUAUAUGCUGGCAGAUAGGAGAACCUUGUUUUGUUUGUUUGAACUUAUCGUUCCUAUAGGAAGCCUGAGAUUCGACGGUGGAACGCACUAGAAAACCCACCAUUACACAGAUUGUGAUGAGAGGAUCACACGUACUUCUUCAGAACAUCUUUUCCACUUUUUUUCUUUUACAAAAGAGCUACUGUAACAAAAGAAAAUAUAAAAAUAAUUAAAAAAUUGUAAAUAAAAAAAAAAAAAAUAGCAAGGAAGAAAUGUAUUUGCAAUGUAUAGAUGAUACUGAGCAUUAUUUUGUAAAAUCAACCUUUGGGAUACAUUUGUUUUCAAAUAAAGCACCUUUUUUUCUGUGACAUGUUUCUUUGUUUUAUAAGUUGGCUUCAGAUCCAUUUCUUGCUGGUUGGAGGGGUGAAUGUUGAGGUCUUGGGUGUGACUGGUUGCUUCAGCUGCAGAAAUGCUCCCUGUGGGGGUCUCCUAUACACUCCUGGAGGCCUCCAGGGAUGUAUUCCUCACGCCCACUUUUCCUUUGCUGUGGUUAACCUACUUCAUCUCCAAAGAUCCCUUCGUGCUCUAAACCUCAUGCAUAUUUUUGUGGGAAAGCCUGUGGCUAAAAGCUUCCUGUGGAUGGGGGCUAAACUUCCUCUCAGACUUACCUAGGAUAGCCCUAAAGUGGGGUGGAUUAUGGACUUGUUGAUUCUUGUGUUUGCACUGCUGUUCUGUCGAUCUGUGUGAGAGGAGAUGGGGGAGCUGGUUGACGAAGGGAGGAUCAAGCACAGCAGUGGGACUAAAUGGUGUUUGAGUGGUUUUUGUUUCAUAGCCGUUGGAGAGUCUGUCAUCCUGUCCAAUCAGCUGGUGGUGGGACAAGCUAGUAAUUACAGUUGUCAAAAGUUCCGCAAUGAGUCCAAAGUCAGCUCAUAACGUGCCUAUUUAUAUAGCAAAGAAGUGUUUUAAUGCUUUGGACCAUCUUGCACCCCAAAUCAGGGGAAAACAAGUGUCAAAAUAAUUACAUAUUGUUUUAAGUAAUGUACAAACUAUCCUUGAUUUAUACCUUUUAUCUUGACACGGCCUCGAUUUUACUAUAGGGAUGCACUGAAAUUAAUCAUUUUAAUGAAUUAUGUUUUUAGUACUACUGUACACUAUUUUUCUAGAAUAAAAUGUAAUGUUUAAUUUUUUAAAAAUAAUUUCAAUUAGAUUUACGAUUAAAUUGGUCAAAAGUUAUAGUAAAGGAAUUUGCAUGUUACAUAAUAUUUCUAUUUUAAAUAAAUGUUCUUUUUAAAUUUAUAUUCAUCAGAGAGUCCUUGAAAAAUUGCCAAAGAAUAUGAAGCAGCACAACUGUUUUCAACAUUAAUAAUAAUAAGAAAACAAUGUUUCUUAAGCACCAAGUUAUCAGCAGCAUAUUGAAAAUCUUUCUGAAGGAUCAUGUGACACUAAAGCUG